AUGCUUAGCGCUCAAGUAAAUGGGCGAGUGAGUGUGACAGUGAAUGAGGGAGAGAGAGCCUGCAAUCAAGCACAGUUUAGCAGUGGGAAGGGUCACAGUGUGAACGGGAGGGGAAGAGAGAGAGAGAGAGAGAGAGAGAGAAACAUCUCCCAUCUGUGAGUUUAUUGUCCUUACAGUGUAAGAAAGGCAGGCAACAGAGAAGCAGGCUGUAUGAUGAGCUCAAGAGGGAUUUUUACAGAUGGGAUGCGCUCCCUGCAGGAGAUGUCAACCCUGUGACUUCCUUCAUUAAUGAUCCUCUCUGAUCUUUGAGGUUCCCGCUCAGAGCACGCUUUUCCACCUGUGGAGUCUGUUUCCAGAGUUUCUCUCCCUUCGCAGACGGACAGAAACAAUUGGAGAACAUGUCAGAGCUCAGCUCCAAAAAACAAGGAUUUAAAAAAUGCCGGAGUGCCACUUUCAGCAUUGAUGGCUUCAGCUUCACUAUUGUGGCGAAUGAAACCGGAGAGAGCAGUGCGAGACCUCUGGCACGAUUCGCACGUUCCAAGUCCCAGAAUGCUUUGUGGAACGCCAUCACAGCAGGCAUCGGGAUCAAGGACAAAGACAAGCGGGGUAUCCUGAUUGACCCGCGGAGCCCGGAGGAGAUUCUAGCUGAUGACCUGCCCUCUGUCGAAAGUCCUGAUGCCAUGGAGAAGACCGCCAUCAGGUUUGGAGGGAAUCACACACUCACUCACUCACUCACACCUCCAUCAAUCAGUACGGGCCGAUAUCUGCUCUCGAUCAAUCAAUGCUGGUUCUGCGUUAACUGCUUUCGCGAAAUUCUUUACCAGCUGUUAUCUAAAAGCACUUUAAAGUGAAGCUUGGUGAAUGGUCAUGCUCUGUUAGCAGGAAUUAUGCAGUGAUUAUGUCACAUAAAGUGCUUUGUGCAUGUGUUUUACACUCAUAUGCACAGCUGGCAGGCCUAGAUAGGAUUAUUGAUUUGUUUAGGAGCAAUGGUGUCAAACCAACACUUCUAUUACAGAUCACAGCAGGCUUCUCACUGCUGAAAGGCCACGCUCUCAAAAAUGAAGGUUCCAGCUGGAGUC